AUGCCGUAUAUUGCUCUCGAAAUUUUGCAAGGAAAAUCAGUGGCUAAUAUCUACGGCUUCAAGACCAUUGUAGUAGAAAUGACGAAAGGAAAAAGUCCUUUUGAUGAUUCUGAUUCAAAAAUAGACAUUACUUUUUCUGUCUAUAGAAAAAUCGAAUCUGAUACUGAUAAUCAAAUCAAAAGCAAUUUGGAAGCUGAUAAACAUUCUUUCAAAAUAGCAAAAAGAGUUAGUAAUGCUCCAUCUCUUUUUAUUAAACGUAAAAGAAAGCACAUAGCUGGCUCUUCCUUCAGAACUAGCGGAUUCAAAAAUAACAAAGCUAGAGCGCCUGAAUUUGAGACCAUGGAGUGGUUACCAG